CAAUGAGAAGAAUGGCCUGUAGGAGGCAGAAAAACGACACAGAUGCAUCCACCCGGCCUGACGCGUGAGGAAGAAGAAGAAGAACCGGAAGUUUAUUUUAAACGUAACAGAUUUACUUCAGUACAGUGGGAGUUGUCCUUGUUCAAUUUGUCUGUGGAGCGACUGUAAGCAUGUCAGAAAGAAAAGUAUUGAAUAAAUAUUACCCUCCGGACUUUGAUCCGGCCAAAAUCCCGAAACUUAAACUUCCCAAAGAUCGACAGUAUGUGGUCAGAUUGAUGGCACCAUUCAACAUGAGGUGUAAAACCUGCGGCGAGUACAUCUACAAGGGAAAGAAGUUCAAUGCACGUAAAGAGACAGUCCAGAACCAACUGUACAUGGGACUCCCCAUCUUCCGCUUUUACAUCAAGUGUACUCGGUGCCUGGCGGAGAUUACCUUCAAGGUGAGUUCAAGCAGGAACGUGGCCAUGGACGUUACAGACUUUGAGGGGAUGCUCGGCCAGUACCGAGAACUGGAGAAGAGAGAAAGGGAGCGUGAGAAAGAAGAAGACGAGCGGGAGACCAAAGACAUGUUGGAGCGAGCGCUGGUGAAAAGACUGCGAGACUCUGACUCUGACAACGAAGAGGACGGCGGCAGCAACAGCCGAGAUGUUUCGUCGGAAAAGUCCUCCAAUGCAGACAAUCCAACGGACAUCCUCACGGCCGGCAAACCCGCAGAAACACACGUAUCGCUGGUGAAAAGACUGCGAGACUCUGACUCUGACAACGAAGAGGACGGCAGCAGCAACAGCCGGGACAUCUCGUCACUAAAGUCCUCCAACGCAGACAAUCCAACGGACAUCCUCACAGCCGACAAACCCGUAGAAACACACGGGACCGUCACGGCGAAAAAGGCCAAGAUGGAGAGCUGGGAGAAGAGUGUGGGCACGCUGGGUGCAGGUGGCGCUCUCGGAUCACUCGUCGUACGCAAGAAAACGGCAGUCAAGACCACUGCCGCGAGCUCACGAACAGUUAACGGUCCAGGCUUUAUUAACAAAAAGUCGCCCCCAGUUAGCGGCACGGCUAACCUUUCAACUCCUUGUACGGCUGCCCCGAAUGGAUCGUCGUCGCUCAGCCUGCUCGGUGCUUAUUCAGACAGUGAGAGCAGUGACAGCGAAUGAGGGUGAACAUGCAUCUGUGCACCUGUGACACAAUGCCAUUCAUUAAAUAUGUUUUAGUGUUGAAAUAAAUCAUCUUUGACUGUAA